AUGGGUGACACAUCUGCUUCCACGGUCUCUAGUGCUGUUGUUCAAAGUAACGGUGGUGCUGGGACAGGAGAUGUUGUGAUCGGCGGCAGGUACGAAACUGAUCCUGCCUCGCCUUAUUUCCUGAGUCAGUCCGAUAACCCCAAUCAGAUGUAUGUGGGAGAACUUCUUAAUGAGACCAACUAUGCAGAUUGGGUGUAUGAGAUGACCACAUCUCUUCUUGCAAAGAACAAACUAGGUUUUGUUGAUGGUUCGCUGGCCGCUCCCAUCGAUCCGGGAAAACUCUGUGCUUAUCGUCGUACGGACGCAAUGGUGAAUGGGCGGUAA